AGCUGCCCUCCCCUACAAAGAGUACAUGCGAGCACAAAUUCAUCGUACUACCAGCUAGGCACCCAUCCAGCCAGAGAUCAAUGGCGAACCUAAAGAAGGUUGGACCGUAUGGAUAUGGUAGCCUUGAUGGUAAUAUUGUGGACAUCGAUUGGAACAAAUCGCCAGAGGAACUCGUGAGCAUCGAGAUUUGGGGCAACCACAAUGCCGGAGGGAUGAUCUAUGCCAUGUCCUUCACCUACCGUGAUGAGAAAGGGGAUUUAGUCCCGGUAGGUCCAUGGGGUAGCAAGAAAGGCGAAAAACGCACGAUCUCCAUUGCAAAUAAUUUGGUCGCACUCAGGGGCAGCACCAGCGGCAGCUACGUCACCUCGCUCACAUUCAAAACCAGCAUCACCCAGUACGGGGAUUCUUUCUUUUGCGGGGAUACCGUAAGCGACGAUAAUUUCUCCAUCGAUGUGCGCCCCAACUCCAUCGUUGCCUUUUUCGGCCGCUCCGACGAAGGUGGCCUCAGGGCCAUCGGAGCCUAUUCUGGUCCCCGGGCCGCCUCAGUGCCGUCGGCCAGGCUUGAUCGAUCUUUUCGUCAUGGUAGCGUCUAUGGUAAUGCUGUCGACAUCAAUCGCAACAACCCGCCGGAAAAACUCUUAAGCAUCGAGAUUUGGAGCAAGAACGGCCCCAAUGGAAUGAUGAAUGGCAUAUCCUUCAUCUACCGUGAUGAGGAUGGGGGUUUUGUCCCGACAGAUCCAGCAUGGGGCAUCAAGCAAGGUCAAAGACAACUGAUCCCCAUUGAAGAUGAAGAUGAAUAUUUGAUCACACUCACCGGCAGCACCAACAGCACGAACGUUACCUCGCUCACAUUCAAAACAAACAAAAAUAUAUAUGGGCCGUACGGGAAGAGCCAACCAGCAGAUACUCCUUUCUGCAUCGAUGUGGGCCCCAACAACUCCAUCGUUGCCUUCUACGGCCGCGCCGACGAAGGUGGCCUCAGGGCCAUCGGAGCCCAUAUAUAUUCUGGUCCCCAGGCUUGAUCCAUAUAUAUUUAUCUGUGUCAUAAAAAAGUGAUAUUUACCUAUAUACUAUUCCUCCGUCCCAUAAUAAGUGUCUCAACUUUGUAGUAACUCUAGUACAAAGUUGUACUAAGCUUGAGACAGUUAUUUUGGGACGGAGGGAGUACUAUAUGGCUCUCGUAGCCGUACGUGUGACCUACUACAUACCCUAGCUACUGCAUGUAUUGUUCUAAAAAAAGGCUAAUGCAUGUACAUGCAGUUAAAUAAAAUGGGCAUCCUGUACAGUAAGCUGGAGUACUUAGCACUGGCUACGUACUCCAUGCGAUGGAUAGAUGGAUCCCUGGCCUUUGCAUGAUCCCUGUAUUUCAUUGUACUGUAUAAUGUAUCAUAUCUGUUGUUUGUACCGUCCUCACAUCUAAUAAUACGGAAUAA